AUGUCUCUCUCUUCUAAUGUCGCGUCUGAUACGCCUGUUAAGACCAACCAACUAAUACCUUAUGCCAAAUCCAUCAAAGAAUAUUUUAGUGAUAAAGGAUACGUAUUUUAUAUUGGGAUAGGGCUUACUACCACAGUGAUUUUAACUGGGGUUGGUCUAUAUUUCCUUCGAACUCCCAAGCCACCAAAACCAAGAACACGAUCAACUUCUCGUAAAAAAGGACCAAAAACUAAUAAGUCAACAUCAUCAACAUAUGUUUUCCACAAUGAAUAA